UGUAAAUAUUUUCUUCUUUUGUUUUGAUUAUUGUUGUUGAUUAAUUUUCUCUUUUUUUUAUUGUUUUUUAGUUCGAUUAAUAAGAAUGUCUAAAUUAAUUGAGAAGAGAAAACGGCCUGUAAAGGAUCGUGUGAUUAAAGAGAUGGACGUUUACUUGACUUCUAAUCUUAGCUCUAAGUUACAUGUUUUCAAUUUUCCUCCUGGUUUUGAUCCACUUUCUACGGACAAAGCGAGUCUUCUUGGUGUUAAAGUUAAAAUGGAGAGUAAAAGAUUCAUGAUGGAUGUGAAAAUUGAUACUAAAAGUCGAAACUUUGAUCGUGGUAAAAGUGAACAAAUUGCCUACAUUACAGACAAUAGUGAUGAACCUUUUUUCCCAAACAAUUUUAUGAAUAAGUUAAUUUUAAAAUCAAAUGAAGCCAAACCAUCAAAUCUACAAUAUGCUGUUGGCUUAAUAAAACAUGGUACUGAUGAGAUUCACUUAACUCCAGUUAAUUCUGUCAUACAAUUUAAACCUAGUUUUGAUUAUUUUGACAAGAAAGACAAAAAAUCAAAGUUAGAAGCUCCUGGAAAUUUUAAAGGAGGUGUUGAUUCAAAUGGAGAAGGAGAUGAUAAAAAAGAAGAAGAUGCCAAAAAAGUUCUACUGAGAUUCGAGAGGCCUGAUGAAGAAAGGCUUAAAAAAGCUCGAGAAUCUUCAUUCUCAUUCAUUAGACAAAAAAUCGCCAAUGAACCUUGGACUGAUGUCAGCGUUAGUCUUCGUGAUACUCCAACUGCAAUGACAGAGAAGCAAAAUUUAAUUUUUCACCAACCAACUGAUGAAUUUUUCAAUGGCUACAAUAAUCCUGAUGUUAUGAUGUCCGAUGAUAAGGAAACUCACAAUUCCAAUGGAUUGGAGAAUUCAAUCUCUUCAAUUGAAGACUGUCUCAAGCCAUUUAUCAAUGAAACGACCAAUACAACUUGUCUUUCAGCUCUAACCAAGUUGAAGAAUGUACCUCUUAGCAAUAAGAUUCAUAUGAUUAUGAUGAAAGCAAAAGUAGUUUCAUUUAGUGAUUUAAAAAAUCUUCUACCUGAUGUUAUGGAUCCUGUUCUGUUAAUUCGUAAUCUUCAGCAAUUUGCUGUUAUUGUGCAAGGAAAUUGGGUAAUUAAGAGCGAAGUACUUUACUCUAAGGAAAACGGCGCUUCGACCACCAGUCCACUCACUGGUAUUCCUAUUGAGCUUCUUGGACGUGCCAGAGAUUUCAUUUUAUGGUCAUUUUCUCAGGGAAAUUCUGUCAGUAGAAAAGAGAUAAUUAAAACAACAGCGGUUCCACCAGAUGAAAUUCUUCAUGUUCUGAAAGAAACUGCAAAAUUUAAUCACGACAACAAACUUUGGUCUUUUAUGCUUCCUAAGGAUUCAGAUUUCAUCGAAAAGUACCCUGAAGUUGUUCAGAGACAAAACCUUUUAUGGGAAGCAAGAAUUGUUCAGGUGAACAAAGCUUAUUCAGCUCAAAAAGUGAAACCAAGAAAACAUCGUAAAAGUAAUUCAUCUUCUUAAACAAUCAAACAAAAACUUAAUAGUCUGCUCAUUAUUCUGGUUAAAUUUUGUAAUCUGUUUCUCAUGUAACAAACAAAAAUUGGGAAUUAAACUCAAAUUAAUGUAAAUCAUUACUCAAGUUAUUGUAAGAAAAUAUGAGAAUAAUGAAAUGAACAUGCUGAUUGUUUAAUGUUGAAAGGGAGAGAAAAAAAUAAUAAUAAAUGUUUGAUAAUUAGAAUUGGAUUAAAA